AUGUCGGGAAAAGGUGGAAAGGGCAAGGGCAAGACCCGGGCUAACGGACCCGGUGGUGCUGGAAAUUCGCAGCGUCGCUCCAGGAGUAGGAACACAACUCCAGCCUCUACCAGCGCCUUUUCGGAGACGACCCACCUUUCUUCCGAGCCGAUACCGACUGUUCGCGCAAAUUAUGAAGACAUACUCGAGAAAUAUACAAAUGGCCUGACAACAGAUACUUCGUCUAUCCCUACGUCAGGCAACCUAUCCUCGCUAAAAUCGGAUUUGCUAUCGCUCGGCAAGAAUGCGGAGCGGAGGAGCAAAUCUUGUGAGAAGAGUCUAAGAGAACUAACUUCGAGAGUCGAAGUUAGAAAGAUUGAAGAGAAAGAGCGCCAGGCACAAAUCGAACAGGAAGAAAAGCGGAAGAAGGCAGUUGAGGAUGAGGAACGCAAGGAACGGGAUAAGCUUAAGGCAGAGAGGGAUAGGAAAAAAAAAGAUAAGGGUGAGAGGGACUCGGACAGCAAGAGGCCACCGGCCGUUGGUGCCCAUCAAGUGACAACUCAAGGCCCGGAGGCAGUUGUGAAAGGUCCGCAAAUCUUUGCGGCCCGUUUACCUGUUGAACCCUUCGGUCCGUAGAGGAAGUUACUGACUUGUGCCUCUUAGGUGAUAAGAUAAAGAAACGCAAGGCAGAGAGCCCUCCAGAUGAGAGGCCGACUAAGUCCAGUACCUCCCCUUCGCGGAUUCGAAGUUCAGAGGAGCAUCAGCCUGUACCCGCAGCGCCUUUUUCCGUACUAGAGACACUUGAGAAUGAUCCAACUGUAUAUGAAAUUCCCGCGGUUACGGAUGAAUCCACAUACGAAGAGAAAGCGAGUGCUUAUUCGGUUACAAGGUUCCCCGAGGUAGACUUAACGGACCUUGGGCCUGGCGACCCUCCAGAUGCAGACUUUUCAAACCCGAAGCCCUUUAACCAAGUUGCCAUGAACACUUUUAACACCUUUAUAGAGCCCUAUUUUAGACCAUUUUCUGAAGAGGAUCUGGGAUUUUUGCGGGAGAGGGGUAAUCGGUCAACACCUUAUAUCAUUCCUGCCUUGGGAGUUCCUUAUGCAGAGGCAUGGGCUGCCGAGGAUAAUGGCUUCCCAUCCCCAUUAGCGUCCACUAACGGGCCUAGGAACCCCAAUGUCCCAAAAGGAAACCCGGAUAAUCUUACAGAUGAUGUAUUGGAGAAGGAUGACCUUCUCUCUUGCGGCCCCUUACUAUCGAGGGUCAUAGCAGCCAUUAUUCCAGAGGAACUCAACCUAGAUGCGUCAAUGGGGGACGGCGAUGCCUCGUCAUCAUCGCAAACUCAGGCCAACGGGGAACCAACUCCACAGGUAGUUACUGCGUCAACGAUGCCAGAAUCGACACAACCUGGCUGGAAGGUGCCUGUCGGUAGGUCUGACUAUCAGACACUGGAGGAGCGGAUCCAACGCGAAAUGGCCUACAUAGGGCUUCUCGGCCCUAACACUGAACCGGACUGGAAGUCCCGGGAAGAUGAUGAUGUCUCGGCCCGUCUGCGCAUGCUACAGGCUCAACUCCGUGAACAGGCCGCGUUAAACGGGGCACGGAAGGCCCGUAUUGCAGAAAUCCUGAAGGAAGUGUUGGCGCAUCAAGAAUAUGCUACUAUCCUUGAUGAUCUAGACAAGCAGGUCAAACAGAACCCAUCCCCCCCAAGCCCCAUGAAAAAAUCCCCUAAUUUCUUUCGGGUAUUCCCGUGGUACCAAUAUCUUCUCCGAGCAAUCCGACAAGUUUGUUAUUGCUCAAGACUUGCCCUAGAUUAGAGAGACAAAACGCUCCUCCCCUUUCAUUCUAUCCCGGCUCUGCAUUUCAGGAGGCGCGUUGGCUGACGAAUCGAACUCACUCCACAACAGGUCGAGCAAGCUUACUCGAAACGCACUCGCAACAUGAAGGCUACCAAGAAAAAGAAGGUGGUACCCAAUGGUGUUGGCGUCGCUCAAGCUCGUGUCGGUAUCGGUGAGGCAGCAAGAACCCUCAUGGAGCGCCGGAAGAAGUGGAUGGACGCCAUCGGUCCUGUCUUCGAAGAGGGUCUUACGCGCUUGCCUAAGGGUUCUGUGUUUGGCGGCUUGGAGGUACUAAUAGAGAAGGAGAAAGAAGGGGUUGCAGAAGAGGAUUAAUGUAGGGUUAUGAGCUCGGGUUAGAGCGUUUUGGCUACCUUAAAUUGCUAUAACUUACUUUCUUUUCUGUACGGCGAGGGGGAACUUUCAAGCUGAAGCGUGGGGUUGCCGUGCGGGCCAUUAAUGUAAAGUAGCGAACUCAGGGGCGGCUAAAUCGCUUGAAUGGGUUGGAUUGGGCUGGGGCAGGAAUUCUUCUCCCUUUUUUCCCCCCUUUUGUUCGGGAGGCCUCCUUGUACAGCUUUUUUUUUUCUUCCUUCGUUUUCUCAACGGAAGGACAGUCUGGUGGAGUACCGUCGGUUUAGUUUCAUUACUGGCUCUUUUCUUGUUUACUUUGUUUGAGGUGGGUUGGUUUGGUGGACAUGAAUAUUCUCGGAAUUGGUAGAUAAGUACUGUGCUCAGGUCGCCGGCUUGGUGUUAUUUUUUUAGUCGUAACGUAACAAGAGGAAGGCAACUUUGAUCCGACGACUUAAGUGCAGCCAUGACAUGUAUAUAUAUAUAUAUCAUCUGUGCGGCGGUUUU